AUGAACAUCACAGUUAUUGCUGACAGGGGGGAGGACGGACGGACUGUCAACUGGGAAGGACCUCAAAUAUUUGAUGUCUGUGAGGGAACCCGACUAAGGACCCAGAGCCACCGAUCCGGCGAGAGGCUCCCCCUUGGAACGACCAUGAUCAGCUAUGAGUUUGAGGACCAGGCGGGCAACGUCGGCGGCUGUACUUUUGCAGUCACUGUGGAAGAUGACGUACCACCAACAGUAGUCUGCCCCAGGAACAUCACAGACAUGGGCGGGGAUGGACGGAGUAUCUUUUGGGAAGAACCUGAAACCUUUGACACCUUUGAAGGAGUCCGCCUCAGGAACCAGAGCCACCGAUCUGGCGAGAGGUUCUCCCUUGGAACGACUGUGGUCAGCUACGAGUUUGAGGACCAGGCGGGCAACGUCGGCGGUUGCACUUUUGCAGUCACUGUGGAAGAUUUCCAAAUCCAAGGCUGCCCUGAGGACAUUCAGACGUUCACAUCCUUUAAUGAAACACCUGUGGUAUGGAUACCACCGUCAGUGUCAGAUGCUUCAAUCAGCAACAUCACCCUACAUAGGCCCGGUGACAUCUUCCCAGUCGGUAAUACAACUGUGUCUUAUCUGUUCUUCAACAAUGUGGAGAACUUCAAAAUAUGUGAAUUCACAGUGAUGGUCAUAUUUGAUGACGUGCCUCCAACAGUAGUCUGCCCUAUGAACAUCACUGCAAAGGCUGAUAGGGGCGAAGACAGACAGAGCAUCCGAUGGGAAGAACCUCAAACAUUUGACGCCUAUGAAGGAGUCCGCCUCAGGAAUCAGAGCCACCGAUCCGGCGCGAGGUUCCCCUUUGGAACGACCAUGAUCAGCUAUGAGUUUGAGGACCAGGCAGGCAACAUCGGCGGCUGUACUUUUGCAGUCACUGUGGAAGGUUUCCAAAUCCAAGACUGCCCUUCGGACAUUCAGACAUUCACAUCCCUUGGUGGAAGGCCUGUGGAAUGGGUACCACCAUCAGUAUUGGAUACUUUAACCACUGUCAGCAGCACACAUGACCCCGGUGAUGUCUUCCCAGUCGGUAAUACAACCGUGCUUUAUCUGUUCACUGACGGCGAGAGCAACCAAGAAAGAUGCCAAUUCACAGUGAUGGUCAUAUUUGAUAACGUAGCACCAACAGUAGUCUGCCCCAUGAACAUGACAGUUGUGGUUGACAGGAGAGGGGACGGACAGACCAUCCGAUGGGAAGAACCUCAAACAUUUGACGCCUAUGAAGGAGUCCGCCUCAGGAACCAGAGCCACCGAUCCGGCGAGAGGUUUCGCUUGGGAACGACCAUGAUCAGCUAUGAGUUUGAGGACCAGGCGGGCAAUGUCGGCGGGUGUUCAUUUGCAGUCACAGUGGAAGCUGAACCCAUCAUUGUGACAAAUUGCCCCGUCGAGGGCGUCAGCCUGUCCGUUGAGGUUGUGAGGUGGAUACCUAGCGACAGCUUGGGGAUCAGUCUGAGAACCGAGGGACCGCAGGCCAGGCUCACCCAACAGCCCGAAGGUGUCUUUGACAUUGGGGUCACCCCAGUCGUGUACACCUUCACUGAUGUCAAUAACGCAGCAAACACUGCGACCUGCUCAUUCAAUGUAACCAUUAUUCCACUGUGCCUUGAUGGAGAUCACACCUUUUGCUACAGCCGUUCAAAGGGUUCCGGUGGUGUCUGCAUUGGCGAAGUUUCCCUCUGCGACACUGAUGAAGGCAGUGAAAUGUCUUUCUAUGAAAGACUAGUGUACCCUGAAGAACGCUGCCAAGAGUGGGCUGGCGCCAUGGAAACCGAUGACCCAGAAGGCAAUGAAGGUCUCAUGUCUCAAUUUGAGGUGCCAUCAAUCAACCAGGACCCCAUUCAUCUGACUGCCGUCUACCCUGGAUUGACAACUCCGGACACCACCGAAGUCAGCCUCAGGAUUCCCCUGGCCGUCAGGCCUGGCGAGAUUGUGUCAGUCAGGGUGAGUUACGCCUACAACCUCAAUCGCUGCUACAGGCCAUUGCCCAUCCAGAGCACGUGCACAGACUGUCUGUCGGUGCAGUACAGGACGCCUGCUGCCGAUUGUGGAGAGGACCGGUGUUUACAAGAAUUCAAGGCAUGGAGAGGAAUAAGGACACCAGCGGGGCCCACACCUUCACCACUCCCAAGAUUUGACCUCCGGCGCAGUUCAAGUUCAUCAGUCCAGACCAGACAGCAGAUGAAGGAGAGCGAGUUCUGCUUGUGUGCUCAGGAAAGUCUGGACUGGUUCCACCCAGAGUCCAGUGGUUUACUGAUGACGGGCUUGAAGGAAAUGAUGCUCUUGCCACUGGAAGAGGCGUCGCCACAGUUUGGGUGA